CAUGAGCUUCUGUUUGAGCAGAAGAGUGUGUCGUGAUCCUUGCAGAAAGCAGCACUUGCGUUGUGUGGGGGUGUGUGGAGCCCAUGACCUGCGGACCAAGGUGAGGGGAAGCUAAAGAUGCCUUUUGGCCCAUCUCCUCACACACACCCCCUGGGCCCCUCCAGUCCCACCGUGGCACCUCCUGAUCAACAGGAACCCGCAUCUCCGUGGUGGUUGUGUGUUUCCUUGUGGAGUGGCUGGGAAAGUGGCAGGUGAUCUUCAAAGUAAGCAGAGAACAAGGCUGGCCCAGAUGCCGGGGCUGUCUGGGGAUGCUGUGUAAUCUGCAGCUGUGGACGUCUGGCCCAUUUGGUUGGGUUAGGUGAGUUGGGCUCAGCCCACAAGGCCACAAGCGAAGCUUGAUUGCUCCCUCUGAAAGGACGUUUCAUCCGUGAAAGAGGAGCAGAUUUUCUCCAGGAUCACUUUCGGUGAAGGAGGAGCCCCAGCAUGUGUGGGGAGUGGGGGGAGGAAGCAGCUUGGGUUGCUCCUCCCACCCCACUCGAAAGCCACACUGCCUGCAGGCUGGCCAUUCAUCAGGUAGAGCUGUGCGGUUAACUGCACAGUGGAGAACAGAUGUGCCAAAUUUCAGUUUGGGGUUGGUGUGGAAGUACCCUAACUUAGCUGAGGGUUCACUGCUUGCCCUCCAUUUCUUGGGAAAGACUUAUGGAACUCUGAAAAGGUGACUUCUCUUUGUUUUCCCUUAGAAAUGGGAAGCCAGAAGUGAUGAUGUCCUGCUACACAAAGAAUGGUAUUAAAAUGCCACCUUUGGCGGUCUGUCCAGAUUUCGACAGGGAGGUGCUAUUCCAAAAGUGUGUGUGUCGUGUGUGUGAUUUGUGUAUAUUUUGAAAAUUAAAAUCCCAGUUCAGUGGCUGAAAUGCCCAGCCAGCCCCCCCGGCCCCAGUUGCCCCCUAGACUCCCAAAGCCGGUCCAAAUGCUAGAGUCCAGGGGUGGUUCAUGGGAGGCUUUUCAGCCGUGGCUGGGCUUUCACUCCAGCUGCAGCGAAUCACAUCUGAGGAUCGGUGGGGGGGGGGAGUGGAAAUCCCACAGCUGCUGGAGAGCCUCCAAUCGAUGGACCGCCCCGUAAGACAGCCUGAAGAGCUCCUUGGGAGGGCAGAGAGCAGUGGCAGCCUCUGAGCUUUGGGAGAGUAUGUGGAAGGGGUCAGCGACCAGGACGUGCUGCUCAUCCAUUCCUGCCGCCAGUGGACCACAGUGACGGCCCACAGCCUGGAGGAGGGACACUACGUCAUCGGGCCCACCAUCGAUAUCCCCCUCCAGUACCCAGGGAAAUUUAAGCUGCUGGACCAGGACAGGGAUGUCAGGGAGCCUGUGCAGUACUUCAACAGCGUGGAGGAAGUGGCCAGCAUCUUCCCGGACCGGGUGUUCGUCAUGGAGGCCAUCACCUUCAGUGUCAAGGUCGUGUCGGGCGAGUUCAGCGAGGACAGCGAGGUGUACAAUUUCACGCUGCACGCAGGAGAUGAGCUGACCCUCAUGGGCCAGGCAGAGAUCCUGUGUGCAAAAGCGGCGAAGGAGAAGUCGCGCUUCAACACGCUGCUCCGGAAGCUGGGCAAAGCGGGAGUCCCCGGCAGUGGUGGAGGGGGCAGCGGUGGUGGUGGCGGCAGCGGGGGCGGCAAGCAGCCGAAGGGCAAGAUGCCCUGCCUGAUCUGCAUGAACCACCGGACCAACGAGAGCCUCAGCUUGCCCUUCCAGUGCAAGGGGCGCUUCAGCACCCGCUCCCCGCUGGAGCUGCAGAUGCAGGAGGGGGAGCACACCAUCCGCAGCAUCAUCGAGAAGGUGCGGCUGCCCGUCAACGUGACUGUCCCCAGCCGGCCGCCCCGCAACCCCUACGACCUGCACGCCAUCCGCGAGGGCCACUGCUACAAGCUGGUCAGCAUCAUCUCCAAGACGGUGGUGCUGUGCUGCCUCCUGCGCAAGGCGGAGCUGGCGCCCUUCCACUUCCUCCUGCUGACCGACAUGCCCCGCUUCAUGCUGCCGGAGGGGAUGCUGCGUGGCGGCGGAGACCCCCAGCUGGAGAAGCUCUUGCGGGAGAGCGCCGCCCUCUGCCAGGAGUGCUUUGACCCCAACGAGUACUCCAAGGCUGUGCGCGAGGCCAAGCCGGACUUCUCGGAGGAGUGUGCCAGCCCCCGCCGGGUCCGGCUCUACCUGCAGGGCUACGCCCGUGAUGAACUGGCCCAGUCCUUCCAGCGCCUUUCGCUCUGCCUCUAUAGUGCCUCCGAGAGCAGCGGCCAGGACGCUGGCCCGGGAGGGAGGAACCAGCAGGUGCUCCUCCCCUCCCGCCAGGAGCACUCCGUCUUCCUGGCUGAGGCCUUGGACUCGGAGCGCGAGUACAUGACGCCCGACUGGGCUGAACCCACCUUCCGGACUCCAGAGCUCCCCUACGAGGAACUGUGGACCAAUCAAAGCACCACCGAGAACUACUCGGAACCCAGCAGCAACCCUCCUGGGCUGGAGAGCGUCAACACAGCCCAGCGGGACCUCAUCUCUUUUGCCAGCAUCUCCUCCUCGCUGGGCAGCUCUGCGCGCUGCCAAGCCCUGCUGAGGGAGGAGGCCAAGGGAGACGCUCCACCCCCGGUCCCACCCAAAUCCGAAGCGGUGAAGGAGGAAUGCCGCCUGCUCAUUGCGCCCCCAGUGCCCCCGCGGGGUGGCCCCCCACUCUCCAGCUCCAGCCCCCCAGUGCCUCUGCGCUUCCCCAAGCUCCAGCCGGCUGCUUCGCCCAGCUCCAGCCUCUCCUUCUACUCUUCUGGCCUGCACAGCAGGUCCCGGCCGCAGAGCGGCAGCUGCUCUCCGUCUCCCGACUCCUACUCGCUCUACUGCUACCCCUGCACGUGGGGCGACUGCAAAGCGGGGGAGUCGUCCGGCCGCCAGCUCGCCAGCCCCCCAGGACAGCCGCCAGCCCCGCUGCCCCCAGCCCAGCCUGCGCAGGUGUCUUCGUGGCCAGACCCCUGGGCGUACAGUGACCUGGGCCCCAGCCUGGCCACGGGCCGCUCCCCCCCACGGCUGGGGAGUGGCGAGGCCGGCGCCCACAAGAGCUACGCCAGCUGCCCUCGCCCGAAGGCCCCCCACCCUCAGAAACGCUUUGCUCCCUUUGGCGCCCUCAACCCCUUCGCCAACCCGGCCUACUCCUCCAGCCCGGCUUCCUCCGGCUCGUCCGACUGGCUGGAGGCCCUGGACUGGCAGAAGCCAGCUGCUUCCUCCCUUGAGGCCUUUGAGCCCUUGGAGGGCCCCUCAUCCUCUUCCCCGGAGGGGGAGCUGCACUACAGCGCGGCCCCCCUGCCUCGGCCAAAGGCCUUUGCGGCCGGGGAGAAUGUGGUCAUCCGGACGGCUGUGGCCCCUCGGCCCCCGACCUUCGUCCACGGGGCCGAGGGGGGCCUCAGCCGCCUGGCCCUGUCCCAGGGGGCCAUCGAGCUGCCCCCUGCCCGGCUCAACGGGGACGGCUCGCCCUGGCAGCCCCCCGCUGAUCUGUCAGCGCUGUCCCUCGAGGAGGUCUCCCGCUGCCUGCGCUUCAUCGGCCUCUCCGAGGACGUGGUCACCUUCUUUGCCCGGGAGCGCAUCGACGGCAGCAUCUUCGUGCAGCUCACGGAGGAGAUCCUGUCGGAGGACUUCCGCCUCACCAAGCUCCAGGUCAAGAAGAUCAUGCAGUUCAUCAAGGGUUGGCGGCCCAAGAUCUAGAGCGGCCGAGGGGGCCUGCCCGCAGGCAAAGGCACAAGGACCGGGACAAGAGCGGCAGGCAGGCGGGGAGGGGACUGGCGCAAGGAAAGAGGCGGGGCGGCUGCGCGUCUUGCCCAUCCGCCAGUGCAAGGAGGAGAGGAGG